AUGGCAACAGAUUUACAACUGAUUGUUGACAGUCUAAAUGAUGAACCAUUUAAAAUGAAUUUAAAUUUGAUCAAUUUUGAUACGAUAUCAAAUGAGCAAUUGCUACAAAUUCUAAGUGAUGUAUUGUUAUGGAUCGAAGGAUCAGAUACAGUUGAUAUUCGUGAAGAAGAUGCUGAUAAUACAGCAUUUCGUAUAUUCAAUUCUCUCGGUAUCCUCAAAUAUCGUCCACCAAAUGAUAUCGAAAAAUUACAACAAUGGCGACGUAAUAUUGUGGAAGGUGAAAAAACGGAUAUUUGUUCGAUAUUAGAAUGGAUUUUUAAAAAUGUGGAUGCAUUAAAAGAGCGAGCAUAUUUAGCGAAAUAUCUUACAAAGAUCGAUAUACCAGGUGCAUUUCAAGAUCCAGAAUCAAUGGAAUUAUCAAAUCAAAUUUCAACUUUAAUGGAAGAAUUUAAAAAAGUACAUUCACAAGUUAUAGAAGCUCGUAAAGAUUCAUUAAUGAUGGAAAAUAUACGAGCUGAUCUAAACUCUAUGAAAAUUGAGAAAGAACAAUUGAGUAAACGUAUUGAUAAAAUUGAGCGUAAACUACAUGGCGUAGCAAAUCUUCAACAUUUACUACGACUUGCCGAAAAAUGUCGUAUGGAAAAUGAACGAUUGGAAGAAAUUGGACAUCUUAAAAUGGAGCAAAAAAAUUUGGUAUAA